AUGUUUGGGUUUAUUGCUGACAAGCUCAAUGUGAAGAAUUUAGGUGAACUACUGGCACCGACACUAACGCCAGAGCAGGAAGUUCAUGCCGCGAUUGAACAGGGACUGCAAGAAAAGUUUGUGCACUUGUUGGACGUAGAAAACAUCGAUCCCAAUGCUAAGAACGAAGCGGGAAAUUUGCCUAUUCAUACGGCAGCAUAUCAUGGCCGCGUGAGCUUUCUAGAGAUCCUCUUGGCGCACAAUGUGGACGUGAACGCCACGUGUUCACGUCAAAACUCUCCGCUUCAUUAUGCGGCUGCACAGAAUCGUGACGAUGCUGUUAAGUUCCUGGUAAACAAUGGGGCGAACCCCGCACUUCGCAAUCGGAAUGGGCACACGGCCUAUGACGUGGCCAAGGGAGACAAUAUCCGCCAGUAUUUGCUACCGUUGCAGUUUCAACACGAAGACCCAACGCAAGUCGAUUCGAUGUUACCACCUGGCAUUACCCCCUCUGUGGACCCGAUGGCACCCCGACCGGUCAUUGCUCCUCCUCCGCUUAGCGGAGACUAUUCAACGAUGCGGAGUCCACCGAUGGGGAUGCCGCAACAGGAGACGCCGCAGAAUAAUUUGUACGCGGCUGCUACCCACAGUGCUAUUCCUCGUGGCGGACAGUCACGAUUCGCUCGUCCAAAGGACUAUCGUCCUAUUCAAGCAGAUGGAUUCGGUUCUAGUGUGGGCAACGAGGAGCUGACUGCCAAGUUUGGGAACACGCGUGAGAUUAAGGUCACAGCACCGCCUCCGGCUGUCAUGAUGCCAUCAGCACCUACUCUGACGGAUAGUAUUCCAGGUAAAGGUUCGAGUCCGACGACUUCUGUCCCUGGCGCAAACCCGUACGCCUCUACGUACGCCAACAAGCCGCACACGUCUUUAGCUGGUGGGUAUGCUGGAUAUGCGCCUCCAAAUGUUAGCAGUGCGACUCGUGGACCGCCUCAGUUCAAGAUCUUUAACCCCAAGCUAGCUGACACUGCGUCUCAUGCUACAGCUCCUGUUUCCGCGACACAAUCUCCUGCAUUCGGUUCGGCCGCUGCUUUGAGUACUCAUCCGUACCCUUCUGUCCACGUGACCCACUAUGAUACACCUGCACAAGAUGAAGCAGUGAACUUAUCAGCCAACGCGAAGCUAUCCAAUUUUCGAACCAACCGAAUAAUGAGCACAACGGGUCAAGAGUCGCUUGAGCGCAAAGAGGCACUUAAAAAAGAACACACCGCGUACGUAGAGGCACAUCCAGAAAUUCAGACGUUGCUAAGUAGCUUCAUGUCGUCCCUACUGCUUGCAAAGCCACAAGAUGUCGUGGCUUUUGCGGCUGAUCAUUUUUCAGCUUCCAAACCGCAGCACACAGAGCUUGAGCCAAUUGUGAUCGCUGGUCCUUCAGGUGCUGGCAAGGGAACGCUCAUUAAUCUGUUAUUAACAACGUUUCCCAAUACGUUUGGCUUUUCCGUGAGCCACACGACACGUGAACCGCGUAAGGGUGAAGUUGAUGGGGUAUCCUACCACUUUACGGAUAAGGAAAAAAUUCGUAAAGAGAUUGAAGCCGAUCUAUUUUUGGAGCACGCUCAGGUGCAUGGUAACGUGUACGGCACCAGUAAACGUGCCGUGCAGGAUGUGCAAGAGAAGGGCAAAAUAUGUAUCCUGGACAUCGAUAUCCAAGGCGUGGAGCAGGUUAAGAAGGCGGGGAUUCGUGCCAAGUACCUCUUUAUUGCUCCGCCUUCCCUGGAAGAGCUCGAAAAGCGUUUGCGUGGACGUGCCACCGAAACGGAGGACAAGAUUCAACUACGUCUCAAGAACGGUGCAGGUGAGAUGGCUUUUGGCCAGCAGCCGGGUGUAUUUGACGCCAUUCUCGUCAACAAGGUGGUGGAUGAUAGUUUCCAAGAGCUGGUUGACAUACUCAAGCAGUGGUACCCGACUGUGGAGCUUCAAUAG